GAUAAAGGGUCAAACUUAGGGAACUUCGAGUGAGCCAGGUGGCAGCCCUUCCUUUCCGGCCCUAGCCUCCAGUUCUCCAGUGCCCACAGGUGAGCCCACCAAUAGUCACAGCUCGAGAUGGAGGCCAUCAAGAAAAAGAUGCAGAUGCUGAAGUUAGACAAAGAGAAUGUUCUGGACCGAGCUGAGCAAGCUGAAGCUGAGCAGAAGCAGGCUGAGGAGAGAAGCAAACAGCUAGAGGAUGAGUUAGCAACCAUGCAGAAGAAACUGAAAGGGACAGAGGAUGAGCUGGACAAGUAUUCUGAAGCUUUAAAGGAUGCCCAGGAGAAGCUGGAACUAGCAGAAAAGAAGGCAGCCGAUGAAGCUGAUAAAGAAGGGUCCAAAGGUCAAGAGCAUCCAGGGCAACAAAAAUGA